AUGUACUUUCACUCGUCCGGCUAUCGACAUGAGCAGCUUGCUGCCUUACGGUCGGCGCAGCGAUUGGAUAGACAAAGAAAAAAGAAGCAACGAGAAGAAGCCUUAUCAAAUAGCAGUGCUGACAGCGGCUAUAACUCAUCCGCAUCAUCAUCACCCAAUGCAAAUCAACCUUCACCACUAAGUCAACGUGCGGAUGCUGAACAAAACCAAAAGCAUGAGCAAGAAGAUGGUGCAUCAUCCGUAGGCGGUGAAUCUACAAGAUCCAAAAAGAAAGGACACAAGAAAAAGAAGGCAUCUUCACAGCAGCUACGACAACCCGAUCUUGUUUAUUCUUGCCCACGACCACUCGCUUUUCCAUUCCAUAACGAUGCUCACUUUUUACCUGUGGCAGAAGCUGAUCCUCGUGAUGUUGCUCGAGUAGCACCACCUUCAUCUGCUGCAUCAAGUCGACGACCCUCAUCUUCUAGCAAGUCAUCUUUUGCCAGAUCAUUUGAUCAGCAGAGUGCAUCCUCCUCCUGUUCCUCACAUCACAACUCUCGUCGCUCUAUUCGAUCAAAAGCAUCCAUCUCAUCUCAACUCUCUGCUACACGUACCAGCACCAGCUCUUAUGAUGAUGAUGCUGAUACACUUCGCAGCCAAAGAUCUUCAAUCAUUAGCAACAUGCAACGAGGCACUGUGAGGUCGUUACGUUCAUUGUUCCAAUUGCCAUCAGUACCUUCAGAACCGCCAAGAGCUGCUCCUGCACCUGUACAAGUGGGUAAUCCCACACCGGUUAUUAAAAAGGGCACCGUGGAAUCUAUUCGAGCCAUCUUCACCAAUAGCAACCAUCAUCAUGCACCCAAGACAAAUGUCGCUACCGAUGAUCAUGCUACCGAUGAACGUCUUGAAACUGCAUCACGCAAUGCCAUUAACAAUAGCCGACCACGAGGUCUAUUUUCACGAUGGCGUACCAAUCAACAACAACCACCUGCAACGACCACCAACAAUACAUCAAAGACGACUACCACCAGACCCUCUCGAUCAUCAUCCAUCUUUUCAACGACAUCCACUUUACUCGCCAAGCCAUUACCAAAGGUACCAUCUGAUGAGCCUUUCAAGCCAUCUGAUUUGCAUGAUCGACUGGCAUCGCUACCCUCACCACCAUCCGCACCACCCAAGAAAAAGAAUUUGUUCAAAAAGUUAUUCUCUCGAAGCAGCAACAAACCUACAACAGCAUCCGCAUCAUCAUUCUCAUCCAAUACGAACACCACCACUACUACUACUUCUACUAUUACACAAUCACCAUCAGCAGCAGUAUCAUCAUCCAAUACCACAACUAUGAAGCAUGCAGCCCAACAACCAAAACAAUCAACACCUCGUCGAUCACUCUUGGCAACAUGGUUAAAACCUGACCCUGCACCAAAACGGAAUGAUGAUCAAGAUGACAGCAACAAAAAGAAGUCUAACGGAACAUCUUCCGAAAGUGAUCAUGUUAAAGUUGAAACCGAGCCACCGACUGUGGUGGGUCGUUUGUGGAAGAGCUUCAAGCGUAUGGUUACUGGUAAAAAGUCAUCGCGUGUAGGCGUUCUGUAA